AUGUUGCUCUAUAGCCUUGCGGAGUACAUGGAGUCGCGCGCGUGGCCGCCCGGCACCGCCGGCGCGCUGGCGCUGCCGGUGGCGCAGGCGGGGAUGAUCCUAACGGAGGGUGUCGUAUGCAGCUCUGGCCGGGCGCUGCACAUGCACACCGCCCGCAGCAGCGACGCCCGCGCCGCCCUGUGCCGGCCCCCCACGCCGCAGUUCUGGAAGGCACGCAACUUGCACCGCGCCUGCGCCGCCAAGCCCGUCACCACCGCCAUGCUCAAGGGCGCGCGGCCCCACUACGUCAUCCGCCCGCGCGCCAACAACACAGCCUCAGGCGACACGCUCGUCGUGCUGCACGUGCGGCGGCGCCCGGCGCCGCCAGGGCGCCCGCGCACCCCGGACCUGCCUCCUCUGCCCGGGAUCACAUUCACCACCAAACCGGCCGCACCGCCAGCCACGGUGGCGGGCACGCAGCAGCCCGCGCAGCAUGAAGCCGGCGACGGCGGCGAAACGGGGAUGCUGUUGACGGGCGUCGCGGUGGGGACGGCGGCGGCGGCGGCGGCGGCGGCGCGCGGGCGCGUGGACGCGGCGCUGGCUUGGGUGCUGAGCGGGGCGGUGGCGGGCGGGGGCGGCCGCACGGGCGGCCUCAACUGGCGCUUGCUGGAGGCCGGGAUCGAAGACAUCUGGCCGCCCAGGUGGGGUUUUGGUUUUGCUGGCGAUUGA